CAGUUACGAAUUUACCCCUUUUGUUUUUUCCUUUUCACUUCCCUGCUUCUUCUCCGACGAGUGUUCAAUAUGCGACAGUUGAAGUCUCAGGGUCCCCUCACCGGCAUUAUAUAUUAUUAGUAUGACCUAAACCUCAAGCCACUCACAAACGUCCACUGUAGCUCGCCUCUAAGUAAGUCUUCCCUGUUCUUUAUUCAUUCCAGAUUAAUUCCUUCCUCACUUCCUCUCUCACCGUUACCCCUCUGUACAAUACAAGUCCAUUUCUGUUUUCUUUGAUUUCCUUUGUUCUCUUUACCAUGGCCCUUCCGGCAGCAUUGUCCAGACCCAAUCAUUCUCUUGCUCGCCAAUCCGAUUCUCUGUUUCCUGCUCCUCAUCGGAUUUAUAGCAGGAAUUUGCAGGUUCUUAAGAAUCCUUCACGGUCGUUGUCUUUUAAAACGGCUGCUGCUUCGGCGCCUCAUAAUGUAUCUCCUGUUUACUCUUGUCUUACGGAAAGUAUUGUUUCGAAUUCUGUACCGAAAGCAUCAAUUAGACGGCCGCCGUAUAUUCCUAAUCGCAUCCCUGACCCUUCCUAUGUUCGCGUAUUCGAUACCACUCUCCGUGAUGGCGAGCAGUCUCCAGGUGCUUCCCUCACUGUUAAAGAGAAGCUUGACAUUGCUCGUCAGCUUGCAAAGCUUGGUGUAGAUAUCAUUGAGGCUGGAUUCCCUGCUGCUUCGAAGGAAGACUUUGAGGCAGUCAAGAUGAUUGCAAAAGAGAUUGGAAAUGCUGUCGAUGAGGAUGGAUAUGUGCCUGUUAUUUGUGGUCUCUCCAGGUGUAAUGAGAAGGAUAUUCGAACUGCAUGGGAGGCUGUCAAAUACGCUAAAAGACCGCGGAUACAUACCUUUAUUGCAACGAGCGAAAUUCAUAUGGAGCAUAAGCUGAGAAAAACGAAGGAGGAAGUGAUUGAAAUUGCUCGAAACAUGGUGCGGUUUGCACGAAGUUUGGGUUGUGAUGAUGUUGAGUUCAGCCCCGAGGAUGCUGGCAGAUCUGACAGAGAGUUCCUUUAUCAAAUUCUGGGGGAAGUGAUAAAGGCUGGGGCAACUACUCUCAACAUACCUGAUACUGUUGGUUAUACAAUGCCUUUUGAAUUUGGGAAGUUGAUUGCUGAUAUAAAAUCUAAUACUCCUGGCAUUGAAAAUGUCAUCAUUUCAUCACACUGCCAGAAUGAUCUUGGACUAGCAACUGCUAACACAGUAGCAGGGGCAUGUGCGGGUGCAAGGCAAGUUGAGGUCACAAUUAAUGGCAUUGGUGAGAGAGCUGGAAAUGCUUCCCUAGAGGAAGUGGUAAUGGCCUUACAAUGUCGUGGAGAGCAUGUGCUUGGAGGUCUUCAUACUGGAAUUAACUCAAGACAUAUCUUUUUGACUAGCAAGAUGGUAGAAGAGUUCACUGGUUUGAAUGUACAACCACACAAGGCUAUUGUCGGAGCUAAUGCUUUUGCUCAUGCAAGUGGCAUCCAUCAGGAUGGGAUGCUUAAGCAUAAAGGUACAUAUGAAAUCAUGGCCCCUGAAGAUAUUGGCUAUGAACGAUCCAAUGAUGCUGGAAUUGUUUUAGGAAAACUUAGUGGACGGCAUGCCCUUAAAAGUCUCCUUCUAGAGCUUGGUUAUGAACUUGAUGGUGAGAAUCUCGACAAUGUAUUCUGGCGUUUCAAAGCAGUGGCUGAACAAAAAAAGAGAGUUACAGAUGCGGAUCUUCGAGCUUUGGUAUCCGAUGAAGUUUUUCAACCGACUGUUCUUUGGAAGCUGCUAGAUAUGCAGGUUACUUGUGGAACUCUUGGUCUUUCCACUGCUACAGUUAAACUCCUUGAUGCUGAUGGGAAAGAGCACAUUGCUUGUUCUGUUGGAACGGGUCCUGUAGAUUCAGCUUACAAGGCUGUGGAUCUCAUUGUUAAGGAACCAGCAACUCUUCUCGAGUAUUCAAUGAAUGCCGUCACUGAAGGUAUAGAUGCAAUUGCCACGACUCGUGUCCUAAUAAGAGGGGACAAAAGCUACACAUCUACUAAUGCAUUGACUGGAGAAGCAGUUCAACGAACAUUUAGUGGUAUUGGAGCAGGAAUGGACAUAGUUGUAUCAAGUGUUAAGGCCUACAUUGGUGCUCUAAAUAAGAUGCUUGGUUUUCAAGGAAUUGACAUUAAGGUGACUGAAGAAAAAACAUUAUCGGCUUAAAAAUCUGAUUGAUUCUUGAAGGAAGGAUGAUGGUGGCAGUCUUUCAUAAAAGGAUUCCAUUAUUCUGCUUUAAGUGUUAUUAUCUAAUUGUUGUUUCUAAUGUGUUUUGUGUUAUUUGAACUCCUUUUUUUUUUUGGUCAGUUGGCAAAACUUGUUUCCUUAGCCAGUUAUGUGUGUUAAUUAGUGUUGUAGUUUUUACGCAGUGAACUGGCUUUUUUAGUAAAAUAAUGUUAAUUAUUAUUAUAAUAAAAGGUUUUAUCAGUCAUUUCAUGAUA